GUCAUUCACCACCAAAGCAACUUUCCUUCAAGGUUUUCGCAAACGCUUGGCCUCUUACCGCAGAGCAAUGUCCCUCUUUGACCAGUUUGAGAACGAUGGGAGUAUAAAUACCGAAGAGUUUGCGGCCCUGGAUAGACGAAAACAACUUGAUACCCGCUCGACGCCCGUAAUUCUUGAACAAGGAUAUGUCAGUGCUCGAGUUGAGAACCACACUCUUCCCAUGUUCUCCCUGGAUCGUGUCCAGUUUCCAUUUCCUAUUGGCAACUUGGUGUCCUUAGCAGUGUCAAACAAUAUGCUGGUGUUUGUUAUGGAGCAUAAGGGACACGGUGCAGGAAGGGACGGAGUGCAUACACAAAAGAUAUAUAGAAUUGAUUUGGGAAAGUCUGAUGCUAUUGAUGAGAUUGAUGCGACCUUGCGCCAGAAGACUGAUAAAAUUCGUAAAAUAUUUUUGGAUCCCAGCGCAAAGCACUUGUUGAUAUCCACCGAGGCUGGUGACAACUACUAUCUCUUCGAAAAAUGGAAAAAACCGAGAAUUUUAAACAAAUUUCGGGGAGUGAUCAUUGAAUCAAUAGGAUGGGGAAAGCCAAGAAACGUGACUGGGGAAUCCACUGGAGUAAUGCUCAUCGGGUCAAAGCAGGGACAUCUCUUUGAAGCUGAAUUGCAGCCGACGGAUGAGUUCUUUAAGCGGGAAGAGAAGUACUUCCAACAAGUCUUCACUAUUCCUGAGGAAGGCAUGCCUAUCAGCAGUUUGCGCUACGAGCAAUUUCCUGCAGUUCCGAAGAAAUGCGUAGUCUUUCUAGCUACCCCUAACAGACUGUAUCAGUUUAUUGGUGAUAUUGGGGAGGAUGAUGCUGAUAAAAGCAUGUUCAGUGAGCUUUUUAAGCAUUAUGAUGGUCAUACUGCAAAUUUCCAGGAGAUGCCAGGAGAUCUUGUGCGGACGGAACUACAAUUUUGGAGCCAGUAUCUCAAAGAGACUGGUUUUCCGAGUGUUCCCAAGACAUUUGCAUGGCUUACAGGUGCCGGUCUCUAUUGUGGGGACCUCGUCUUUGGUAAUCAGUCCGUGGGCGACAGUGUGAUCAAUAACGCACAAUUACUUCCAUAUCCGCGACCCCCCAGUCGUCAAGAAAAUGAAUCGCCUGCUGAAGGUCUUUAUCUUCCUGGGGACGUGCCGAUAUCUAUCAAUAUCACCAAAUUUCACUACCUGCUCCUGUAUGAAAGCUCGAUCAAAGCCAUAAACAUCUUGACAAGUGAAGUGGAUUACGAAGAACAGAUACCCUUGGAAUUCGGCGAGCUGGUGUUUGGCAUCUCUGUGGAUCCCCUCAAAAGCACCUACUGGAUUUUUACAAAUCUGGCUCUUUAUGAGCUGAUAAUAACGGAGGAGGACAGAGACAUAUGGCGUAUCUAUCUGAACAAAAAGAGCUUCGACGCAGCUCUUUCUUAUGCUAAGAAUCCUGCCCAGAAAGAUCAAAUCAUUACCGCUCAGGCAGAAUAUUAUUAUUCUCAACAGCGCUAUAUAUUGUCUGCUACGUAUUAUGCUCAGUCUGCGAGUCUCUCGUUUGAGGAAAUCGUUCUCAAGUUUAUCGCAAAAGAUGAGCGUGAAGCUUUGAAGCAUUUCCUUUUUCAGAAGCUUGAGCGGCUUAGAUCGCAAGAUGCGACGCAGAUCACCCUAAUAUCCACUUGGCUAGUUGAGAUCUUCAUCAACAGGCUAAAUGUUUUGCGUGAUAAAGUCAGCGAUGCAGCAGCCACCGUGGAGACCUUGAGUAGGAAUGCGGAGGCGACAGAGGGCCUAGAGGACGCGAAUUCCAAGAAGAAAACCCUAGAGGAAGAGGAGGCUAUCGCAAUUGAUGAGUUCAAGCAAUUUUUGCGAAAGUACAAGACACGACUGGAUCGCGACACUACUUCAAAAAUCAUUGCCAGCCACGGUCGGACCCAGGAGCUGCUAUAUUUUUUGGAACUGAUGGGUGACUAUGAGAAGGUGGUCACUCACUGGGUUCAAGAGCGACAAUGGCAGAGCGCUUUGGAUGUACUAGCACGGCAGACGUCUGUGGACUUGUACUACAAGUUCUCGCCAAUAUUAAUGGAAUAUGCCCCUUAUGAGACAGUGAAUGCAUGGAUAAGACAGCCCAACCUGAAUCCUCGUAAUUUGAUUCCCGCUUUGUUGAAAUACGAAGUGGUGAGAUCCGCAGGAAAGAAAGGGACAGAGGGACAAAAUCAAGCCAUCCGUUAUUUACAAUAUGUCACACAAAACCUGCAAAAUACGGACAUGACCGUUCACAACUACCUCCUUUCACUCUACAUAUCCCAAGCAAAACGUCAUGACGAAGAGGGCCUACUCCAGUUCCUGAAUUCCCAGAAGGACCAUCCCCGAUAUGAUCUUCAAUACGCCCUGCGACUGUGUAGCCAGCAUGGGUUGGCCCAGGCCUGUGUCCAUAUAUAUAGUGCAAUGAAUUUGCACGAGCAGGCUGUUGAUUUGGCAUUGAAGUUCAACGACUUGGAGCUAGCCCAGAUCAAUGCCAAUAAGCCCGAAGAAGAUAACUCGCUGAGGAAGAAGCUGUGGUUGCGGAUAGCGCGACACGUCAUUGAAGAAAACCGGGAUAUCAAACAAGCCCUGGCUUUCCUAUUGCAAACCUCAGAUCUUCUGAAGAUAGAGGACAUCUUACCCUUUUUCCCAGAUUUUGUCCUUAUUGAUGAUUUCAAGGAUGAGAUUUGUAGUGCACUGGAAGAAUAUAAUGAGCACAUUGACGAAUUGAAAGCGGAAAUGGAUGAAGCAACCAAGAGCGCUGAGAGUAUCCGGCUGGAUAUCCGAGAAUUGCGAAACAGAUACACGACCAUUCCGGUCGCAGAACGGUGCAAAUCAUGCCGAUCCCCGCUGUUGACACGACAGUUUUAUGUGUUUCCUUGUGAGCACGUUUUUCAUGCUGACUGCCUCAGCAAUCAAGUGAUCAAAGAAUCCACGCCGGCGAAAAGUAAGCGGAUACAAGACCUCCAGGAACGGAUUACACAGGAAAUUGCCGCAAAGAGAGCGGCACUAGUUGAUGACGGUGGCUCGAUACUGUCAUCGGCAAUGUUGGGAAUGAGGCGUGUUAAAGAACCAGGGGAAGCCAGCCCUGUUCCCUCCGCUGUUGAAACAAAGGGAAAUAAUAAGGCACGCAGUCCGGAUACCUUAAAGGAGGAAUUGGAUGAUCUUAUUGCAGCUGAAUGCCCCUUAUGUGGGGAUGUGAUGAUUAAAAGUGUUGAUAGACCUUUUAUCGCGCAGGAUGAGGGCGAUACCAUACGAUCAUGGCAACUAUAACGUCACAGUCCUGGGCUUGUAAUACUGCUGUAUAGUUCAUAUGUGUAUAUAUGAAUGCAAUCCAUAUAGUAUUUAAGUCUCAUAUCGGCAA